AUGUGGUAUUUAUUGAUAUGCAGUAUCAGUCUUCUGAGUGACUUUGUCAAUUGUAUCCCAGUAACUUCCCUACCUCAGAAAGUACUUGAAGACGUUGGAAACAAAAAUCACCAGGUUGAUAAUAUUGAAGUACAUCAUGAUAUUGAUGUUGAUCUGAAGAAUCAAGAACUAGCAAAUGAUUUGUUACCAGAUCAGGACAACAAUGAGAAAGAAGAUAAGCGGUUAAGUCACAAAGAAGAGCAGCAUCUGUCAGAUUUAGCUUUGCCUGUUGCUGUAGAUGGUAAUGCAGCACAGAGAUACAAAACUGACAGUGAUGAGAAAAAACGGAAUCUUGCAUUUAUUGGUCAAAUGAAGAAGCUGCCUUUGGAUAAACUGGUUCCUGUAGAUCAUCUUGAUGUUGUUAAAAUGGAGCAAGAUGGACACAUGAACAAAGAAUACCAUAAGGAAAUGUUUCUUGGUGAACAUGAGGAGUUUAAAGCGGAAGCAAUAGAAAAUGCUGAGGUUAAGCUCAAAGAAGUUAUUACCAAAGCUGAUAUUGAUAGAGAUGGUUAUCUGUCCAAGUCAGAAAUGGAAAAAUGGAUACUUGAAAAAAUGAUGGAGCAUUUUAAAGAGGCUAAAAGAGAGAAUACCAUUAUUUUUAAACAUUUGGAUCCGGACGGUGAUGGCUUCAUCAAAUGGAAAGAAUAUUAUGUUCAUUUCCUAUUAUCUCGUGGUUUUGACCCAAAGAAUACAUGGCAACAUAUUGUAGACUAUGAUGAUUCUAUUAAGCUGGAUCAAGAUGACAAAGAUGCAUUAGUGUCCUACAAAUUUAAAUGGACAGAUGCAGAUAAAAAUCCAACAGAUAACCAGCUUUCGGAAAAUGAGUUUAUGGCUUUUCGACAUCCUGAGCAUAGCAAGCAGUCAUUAGAGUUGAUGGCUUAUAAUGUUAUGAAAGGAGUAGAUACAAACUAUGAUGGCAUUAUCGUAGAAGCAGAGUUUGCAGCAUUGCCACCAGGUGAAGUGGAAGGAAAGGAAUUUGAAGAAAUGGACAGAAAGUGGCAGGAAGAGAGAAGAACUGAAUUCAGGGAAAUCAUGGAUGUAAAUCAUGAUAAGAAAGUAGAUUUAGAAGAGUUGAAGAAUUACUUAGAUCCAACAAAUCCAGUCCAAGCCAAACUGGAAGCUGCAACUCUGAUGUCAUUAAUGGAUGAUGACAAAGAUAAUUUGCUUUCUGUGGCUGAAAUCCUGAAACAUUCAGAUAUCUUUAUCUCUAGCAAGCUGGUCAAUUUUGCUGCAAAUGUUCAUGAUGAAUUUUAA